CUGUGGGGUCUCAAUGGCUCCCUAUGGGGUUUCUGUGGGGUCUCAAUGGGUCCCUAUGGAGUUUCUAUGGGGUUUCAAUGGGGUCUCAAUGGCUCCCUAUGAGGUUUCUGUGGGGUCUCAAUGGGUCCCUAUGGGGUUUCUAUGGGGUCUCAAUGGGUCCCUAUGGGGUUUCUGUGGGGUUUCAAUGGCUCCCUAUGGGGUUUCUAUGGGGGUCCCCCCCUCAAACCCUCCCCCCCGCCCCCCCAAGGGCGCCGAGGCCCGCCUUGAUUCGGACCUGCAGUCCGCCCGCCGCAUGGGGGCGCCCUACGGCCUCAAGCUGGUUCGCGGCGCCUAUCUGCAACACGAGCGCCUCACGGGGGCGCUGCAACCCAGCCGGGAACACACAGACCGCAGCUACGCCGCCUGCCUGGAGCUGGCGCUGCAACACGUGAGCGCCGGCCACGUGGCGCUGGUGGUGGCGACGCACAACGCGGACUCGGUGCGGCACGCGGCGCGAAGGAUGGAGGAGCUGCGCAUCCCCCGCGAAGGCCCGGUGUGCUUCGCGCAGCUGCAGGGCGUGGCGGAGCACCUGGGAUUGGCGCUGGGUGAGCGGCGCGGCUUUGGGACAAUUGGAGCCAAUGGGGGCGAAGCGCGGCUUUUUUUCAGGGAGGGGAGGGGGGGGGUUGGUGCUCCUCGGCGCCAUUUUGGGGCAAAUUCCGGAGAUUUUGGGGUUUUUUUGUGCCCGUUUUGGGGUAAAUUCUGGAGAUUUGGGGUUUUUUGUGCCCAUUUUGGGGCAAAUUCCCCCAAUUUUGGGGCUCUUGUUCCCAAUUUUGGGGCAA